AUCCCCUAUCGUUUCUCAUUCUCUUCAACCGAGUCUACUAAUACUACAUCAUCGACCAUCAAUCUCCUACACUCCGAAUAUCUUGAGGUUUAACACAUCAUGAUCAUCGGCGAGUUAGUACCACUUCUGGUGGCAUACUGGCCAAUCGUACUCGCAACGUCAGCGGCCGCAUACCUCCUCAACAACAAAUUUUACAAGGGCCUGAACAAAUAUCCCGGAGCACCGCUAGCAGCCUACACAAACUGGUGGCGCUUCUUUGAAGUAUGGGGCCAAAAGUCAGAGGUCACGCACGUAGCUCUGCACAAGGAGCAUGGAGAUAUUGUUAGACUUGGUCCUAAUGUUCUGUCGUUUGCCGACCCCAAGGCCAUCAAGACCAUCUACGGUUUGAACAAGGGUAUGACCAAGUCGGACUUCUACCCUGUCCAACAAGCCGUUUCAAAGGGCAAGCGUCUGCAGUCGCUGUUCUCCACCACCUGGGAGGACUACCAUGCCAAGUACAGAAGAUGUGUCAAUGGUGCCUUCGCCAUGUCGUCGCUGGUCGAAUACGAGCCUCUGGUUGACAGCACCACCGAUGUCUACAUCGAACGUACGAAGGAGCUUUACUGCGGAGAGAAGAAGCAGAGUUGCGACUUUACUCGUUGGUUACAGUUCUACGCAUUCGAUGUCAUUGGCGAGUUGACCUGGAGCAAGCGUUUGGGAUACAUUGAGAAGGACCAGGAUGUUGAUGGCAUCAUCGAGUUCCUGAACAAGUUCCUCUCAUAUGCUGCACCCAUCGGUCAAAUGCCCUUCCUUGAUCUCAUUCUUGAGAAGAACCCCCUCAAGCUUCAACUCGAGAAGUGGGGCGUCAACAAGAAGGUAUUCCCAGUGACAAAGUUUGCCCUCGACCGCUCAGGAGAGCGCAAGGACGAGAUGCAGAAGGUUCGCGAAACUGGCAUCGUUGAGAAGCGUCCUGGCCGUGGUAUUGAUCUCCUCACCAAAUUCAACCAAGCCCAGCACGACCACCCCGAGUUUAUGACCGAUGCCCAAGUGCUGGCUGCAUCGACAAGCAUGGUCUUUGCUGGCAGUGAAACCACCGCUAUCAGUUUGAGCAGUGUCUUCUACCACCUCGUUAGACAUCCCAAGGUCUACGCAAAGUUGAUGCAAGAGCUUGACGAUGCGGCUGAGACCGGCGCUAUCCAACAGCGUGAUAACAACAAGGUAUCUUGGGCAGAGAGCCAGAAGCUACCUUACCUUGAUGCUGUCAUUCAAGAGUCCUUCCGCAUGCACCCUGCUGCUGGCCUGAUCCUUGAGCGCAUCACGCCCAAGCAAGGCAUCGAGAUCUGCGGCGAGCACAUUCCCGGUGGUGUCAUCGUUGGCUGCAACUCCUGGGUCUUGCAUCGCCGUCCUGAAGUCUUUGGUGCUGAUGUUGACACAUUCAGACCUGAGCGAUGGAUUGAGGCAGACUCAUUGAAGCUGAAGGAGAUGAAGGCCACCAUGUUCCAAUUCGGCGCUGGCGCCAGAACAUGCAUUGGCAAGAACAUCAGUUUGUUGGAGAUCUACAAGCUGGUUCCCACCUUCCUGAGAACAUUCGAGAUUGAGAUGGCUUGUGAUGACUGGAAGACAAGAAACGCUUGGUUCGUCAGACAGAGCGAGUUCUACACAAACUUCAAGUUGAGAAGUGUGCCUCGCGAGGUUCCUGUAUAA